CCUGUGACGAGGGGUCACAAGCCAAAACGUUUGGGAAGCACCCUCAAAAAGACACGUUCACAACAGCAGGGUCCAGCAUAUCCAGCAAAUCUUAAUAAUUAAUUGUGUUGUUCACUGAAAAUGUCUCUUGAUAAGUGGGUGUUGAUUGACUGAUAUCAAAACUGCUAAUAAAUGAAUAAAUUCCUUGUAAGCAUAAGUUUGCAAAAUUAAACCAUGAACUAGGAUCUGGCCAUUUGAUGGGAAUAUGUAAUAAAUACAUUCCUGAAGCUUAAUUGACCUUUUAAAACCCCAGAACAUCAAGUUUUCCUCUUUUAUUACCAAUUGAGUAGCUUUAAGGUUUGAAAAAAAAUCUACUUAUUCCACACUGACUGAUGGUAUCACAUAUAUAAUCGGUAGUCUAUCAGCUUGUCCCAACUCUUCAUUGAAGCCACAGUAUAUGAUGUUUGCAGUGAGUGAAAUACUCAGACCCAAGACUCAAUAUUUUUUAUGGUCGUACCAUGCCAACUAAAUGGAAAUACAUAUUCUAGAUGAUGUUGUGCAUCUUUUUAUACACAUUUAACAAAACUCAGCCCUUUUUCUUUGCUCACUAGCAGGCCACUUAGGUUUAAAUUGGUUAAAACAUCCUUAUAAGCAUACGUUUGCAAAAGAAAACCAGUAAUACAUUACUUUUUAUUAAACUUAUAUGAGGCAGUUGAGAAUCUCUUGAGACAGGGACGUUUUAUCAAAGCUGAUAGAAGUGUGUAAGAAACACAUUCCUGAAACUGAACUGACCUUUUAGACGUUUUAAUUGAAGAGUAAGGAAGUAAUUUAGCUUAGGUUAUCUCGAGUCAGUAUUCAUAAAAAGAGGCUUCAAGAUCUGAAAACUCCAGUUCUGUAUUUAAGGGUUAAAACAGUCUAAAACCUCUUAUAUAACCUCUUCAUUUUAACUUUAUGGAGAAGUAAGAGCAGUGAGGUUCGAUUCAAACACUGUAAACGAGCAGAACUCAACUCUCAGACAAUAGAUCUGCUUAAAAUUGUCCCUUGUAUGUAUCACAUGGCAUUGUGUGUUUCUUUGAGUAGAGUGUGACUCACUCAUUCAGACUGCACACCCAUUACAGUGGGAGAGAGAGAGAGAGAGAGAGAGAGAGAGAAGGAACAACCACCUACCAAGUGCCAAACUUGAGGCCCUCCUCUCCUCCCAUCUCAUUCUUUCCUACAUGGGCACUCACAGAUGGAUUUGCAGACAGCGCAGUAACAGACUGAACAGUGUUGGAGAACUAAGAGGGACACUCUGAUCACAAGAUAACAAAGAAAAUCAACACAUAAGUCUACGAAUAUCCUCGGAGCAGAGUUUUCUCACUUCUGACAACCUUUAAAAAGAUAAGUGCAAUGGCGACACCCAAAAACACUCCCCGAGGUGCGAACACACCACUAUCCCCCAACCGCAUCACUCGGCUCCAGGAGAAGGAGGACCUGUCCAACCUCAACGAUCGGCUGGCCGUGUACAUCGACAAGGUGCGCUUUCUGGAGACUGAGAAUGCUGGCCUCCGUCUGCGCAUAACUGAGUCAGAGACAGAGGUCAGCCGGGAGCUGACGGGCCUCAAGGCCGCUUAUGAAACCGAGCUGGCAGAUGCCCGUCAGACUCUGGACUCUGUGGCCAAAGAGCGAGCACGUCUGCAGCUGGAGCUGGGCAAGCUGCGAGAGGACCACAAGGAGCUGAAAGCAAGGAACACCAAAAAGGAGUCAGACUUGGCUGGAGCGUUGCAGAGGCUCAAAGACCUGGAGGCUCUGCUGAACUCGAAGGAUGCGUCCUUGAGUACGGCUCUGGGAGAGAAGCGUAACCUCGAGGUAGAAAACAGGGACCUGAAAACGCAGGUUGCCAAGCUGGACACCAGUUUGGGCGAUGCCAGGAAGAAGCUGCAGGACGAGAUGCUGAGGAGGGUGGAUGGAGAGAAUCGCAUCCAGACCCUCAAAGAGGAGCUGGAGUUUCAGAAGAACCUCCACUCUGAGGAACUGCGGGAGACAAAGCGGCGUUAUGAGUCUCGUGUGGUUGAGUUGGACAAUGGCCAUCAGCAGGAUUUUGAAAGCAAGUUGGCGGAGGCGCUGGUGGAGAUGCGUAACCAGCACGAACAGCAGAUCAAAAUGUACAAAGAUGAGAUUGAGAAGACCUACAAUGCCAAGCUGGAAAAUGCCCGUCAGUCAGCUGACCGGAGCAGCAACCUGGUUGGAGCAGCACAUGAGGAGCUCCAGCAGACACGAAUCCGCCUGGAGUCCAUGUCCUCUCAGCUCAGCCAACUGCAGAAACAGUUGGCGGCCCGCGAGGAGAAGAUAAGGGACCUGGAGGACGCCCUGUCUCGGGAACGGGACACCACUCGUCGCAUGCUCGGAGAGAAAGACAGAGAAAUGGCCGAGAUGAGACAGCAAAUGCAACAGCAGCUGGAUGAGUACCAGGAGCUCCUGGACGUCAAGCUGGCUCUGGAUAUGGAGAUAUGCGCUUACAGGAAGCUGCUGGAGGGAGAGGAGCAGAGGCUGCGUCUCUCCCCCAGCCCCCCGCCCACCAAAAUGACAGGAAGUCGUUCCUCUACUUCAGGAGCUCACUCUCGAUCAGUCCACUGCAGCGCUCUGAGCUCUCCUGCCAAGAGGCGUCGCCCCAACGACACCGACAGCGAGGCUUCGAGCUUUGCAGGUGGAGCUGUGGCCCGUACUCGCAUCACCCAGCAGGCCUCAGCCAGCGGACGGGUCACUGUGGACGAGGUGGACCUGGAUGGGAAAUAUGUCAGACUCAGCAACAAAGCAGAUGAGGAUCAGAAUAUGGGGAACUGGCAGGUGAAGCGGCAGGUGGGAACCGGUGCUCCAAUCAUCUUCAAGUUCCCGGUAAAAUUCACCUUGAAGGCUGGCCAGAGGGUCACGAUCUGGGCCUCUGGUGCUGGUGGAACCCACAAUCCUCCCUCUGACCUGGUGUGGAAGACUCAGGCCUCUUGGGGCACCGGAGACCUGUUCCAGACCACCCUGAUCAGUGCCAAUGGAGAGGAAAUGGCAAUGAGGAAGGUCACCCGCAUACAGUUUGAAGAAGAAGAUGAUGACAUGGUGGCUCACAGCACCUGUGGGGACAGUGAGUACAACCUGCGGAGCCGGACGGUGGUCUGCGGCUCCUGCGGACUUCCUUCAGACAAAUCCAGCAACUGCUCGGUGACCUCAGCCUCCCGCUCCUUCCGCAGCGGAGGCAUCUCCGAGGGUUUACUGCCGCACUCCUACGUGUUCAGCAGCAGCACUCCUCGCAAGACUGGAGCCAGAAUGGAGAGCUGUCCAAUUAUGUGAGCCCCUGGAUUUGUGCUGAAACACUUCAACUCUCUUAGUUUUCAAUUAUUAGUUCUUUAGUUUCUAGUUGUAGUUAUUAAGUUCAAUUCAUGUACUCUGGAAUAAUUUUCAAGAUAUUGUAUGCAAUAAAACUUUAUACUGCUUUUUUAUAAUGUACAUAAGCAUGCUUUUGAAAUAUUUUCUUGAAUUUAAAUGGUGAUUAAAGCAGUUACUUUUGUUUGUAUUGGUGACAUUAUGGGUUAGAAAUUUAAUCCAGGCUUCCACCUAGAAGUGAAAUAUGAACCAACCAGCUACUUUAAGAGCUUAAAACAACUGUUGAGGCUCAUUUAUUCUAAAAACCUUGUGAUAUUAACAGCUACUGUUGCUCGUAGAUAAAAUCAUACUUUCUUGUGCUAUUAAUAUCACAGUUAAAUCAGAUUUUCAUUGGACUACGUAAACAUACUGGUGCAGCAGGGUUGCAGUAAAUUCAUUUAUAUUUUCAUUUUAUUUUGAAUAGAAUUUGCUUAAACUAAAUUGACCCUAACCUUGCAACAGAUCUACAGAAUAUUGUGUAUUUUUGCUGAUAUCAAUAAACAUGUUUUGUCAUUAA